AUGGCAUCAAUUGAGGAUAUCAAUUAUGGAGCUUCAGAGACCCACGACUGCGUAAUCAAAUUGAGAUUGGAUCCUAAAAGGCGAAAGGAAAAAGUGAUAGUUGGCUGUGGAGCUGGGUUUGGAGGUGAUAGACCAUUAGCAGCAUUGAAACUGCUUCAAAGAGUGGAAGAAUUAGACUAUUUAGUACUCGAGUGCUUAGCGGAACGCACCCUUGCCGAGCGUUACCAUGCAAUGAAGUCCGGUGACAAGGGCUAUGAUCCUCGUAUUUCAGAGUGGAUGCAGUUGCUUCUACCUCUGGCUGUGGAGAGAGGAGUUUGUAUUAUUACCAAUAUGGGUGCAAAGAGUCCUCAUGGCGCCCAAGAGGAGGUUUUACAAAUUGCAAGCAAACUGGGCAUUGGUAUGACCGUUGGUCUGGCUCAUCAAUCUUCUGUUUCAGGAAAAGGACUGGAUGAUCACCUGAAACAUGUUGACGGUGAUGUUAGUGUGUAUCUAGGAGCAGCUCCUAUUGUUGAAUGUCUGGAGAGGUAUAAACCAAAUGUUAUUAUCACUUCUCGGGUUGCAGAUGCUUCUUUAUUCUUAGGCCCGAUGGUAUAUGAACUGGGAUGGAACUGGGACGAGUUGCAGCUGCUAGCACAAGGUUCACUGGCAGGUCACCUGCUGGAAUGUGGUUGUCAACUCACAGGAGGAUACUAUAUGCAUCCAGCUGAUAAAUACAGGAACAUGUCUUUCCAAGAUCUCCUCGAUUUGUCUCUUCCUUUUGCUGAAGUUACCUUUGAUGGGACAAUACAUGUAGCAAAGGCAGAAGCCUCAGCUGGGGUUCUAAAUUUCAGCACUUGCACUGAACAACUUCUGUAUGAAGUUGGGGAUCCUGGUGCUUAUAUAACCCCUGACGUGAUUAUAGACAUUCGGGAUGUUAGGUUUCAGCCUUUAUCAAAGAAUAAAGUUCACUGCAGUGGAGCAAAGCCUUCUCCUGAACCAUUACCUCAAAAAAUGUUGGUGCUGAGUUCUAAGGAUUGUGGGUGGAAAGGUUGGGGAGAGAUUUCCUAUGGGGGAUAUGAAUCUGUGAAACGUGCUAAAGCUGCUGAAUUUUUGGUAAGGGCAUGGAUGGAAGAAAUGUACCCUGGUACAAGCAACCGUAUACUUUCCUACAUAAUUGGUUUUGAUAGUCUAAAGGCGGUGAGCACGGACAAUAAAUUGCUGAGGGCUAGUGAAGAUAUUAGAUUACGGAUGGAUGGCUUGUUUGAACAAGAGAAACAUGCAAUCCAAUUUAUUAAAGAAUUCACAGCUUUAUAUACAAAUGGUCCUGCUGGUGGCGGUGGCAUCAGCACUGGAUACAAGAAAGAGAUUUAUCUGGAAAAAGGAUUGGUAGGACGUGAGUAUGUUUACUGGCAAAUAGCAGCUGCCAGAAACAAUGUUCUGAGCUUGACUGAUCAGAAUGUCAACAAUAAAAUUAAAAUAAACACGGGUACUUGCCAUGAAUCUGACUCCCAACCAGUCUCAAGACAAACUACAUACAGUCUGAGUAAAGAACUGUUAGUACCAGAAAGUCAUCUCUGUCCUGCUCCUGCUGGUCAAAAGAUCUCUCUCUACGAUGUAGCUCAUAGCAGGGCUGGUGACAAAGGAAAUGAUCUGAACUUCUCAAUUAUCCCACAUUUCCCAGCUGAUAUUGAGAGGCUCAAGACGAUUGUAACUCCAGAAUGGGUGAAGGAAGCUGUCUCAACUCUUCUGAAUCUGUCGUCCUUUCCUGAUUCUAACGAUAUAGAAAGAAGAGACAAAUGGGCUAGUGAACAUGUUAAGGUCGAGAUCUAUGAGGUAAGAGGAAUCCAUUCCUUAAACGUUGUGGUUCGUAACAUUCUAGAUGGUGGUGUCAACUGCUCAAGAAGAAUUGAUAGGCAUGGAAAGACAAUAUCGGAUGUGAUUUUAUGCCGGGAAGUGUUGUUGCCUCCAUGA